AUUGGCUACUCGCAGCCUCUUUGCUCUAAUUUAAUCGUACCUGUUUGUCGGCGUGUACUUUUAGCUCGCGAUCCAGCCGAAAUUGAACGCAGUAACUUGGUAAAUAUUUGUAAGCUCGUGGUUAAGGAAUUAUUGGAGCAAUCAUUAAGGUUUGGACGUAUGUUAGACUCGGAUCACUUACCGCUGCAGCACUUCUUCAUUGUAAUAGAGCAUGUGUUAGGUCAUGGUUUGCGUCCAAAGAAGGGUCUUUUGGGGCCACGCAAAGAAUUAUGGGACCUGCUUCAAAGUGUAGAAAGCUAUUGUCCUGAAGCACAGGACAUAACAGCUAGCGUUCGUGAUCUUCCCACUGUGCGGACGCACAUUGGCCGUGCUCGCGCUUGGCUGCGCAUAGCAUUGAUGCAGAAGAAACUGGCCGAUUAUCUGCAGGCACUUAUCGAGCAUCGCGAUGACUCGCUCUACGAAUAUUAUGAGCCACAUGCGCUAAUGAUGAGCGAUGAGAUUGUUGUCAUAAUGGGUAUCUUAGUAGGCCUAAAUGUGAUUGAUUGUAAUUUGUGCGUGAAAGAAGAAGAUUUGGAUUCACAGCAGGGUGUUAUCGAUUUUUCCCUUUAUUUGCGUUCGAGUUCGCGGAGUAACGAUAACGAUGAGGAAAUCAAUCAAUCACUGGAGGCGAAUGGUCAGGGCAAUAUGAUAGCCGUAUUAGACCAGAAGAACUAUAUUGAAGAGCUCAAUAGACAUUUAAAUGCCACGGUAGGUAAUCUUCAGGCCAAAGUUGAGUCCCUUACCACUACAAAUGCGUUAAUGAAGGAGGAUCUUGCGAUUGCGCGUAAUAGCCUAUUGGCAUUACAAGCUGAGAAUCAGGCGCUGCGUCAAAGCACCACAAAAGAUACUCCUUCAUCCAAUGCUGAAGCCAGUCCAAACAAAUCAACAGAUCGAGCGAAUAAAGCAACUAUCGAAUCGCUCACUGCCGAAUUGAGUGAAGAGAAAAAGAAAACUCAAGAGUUAGAUAAGGAGUUAAAACUACAAAUAUCACUAAAAGCCGAAUCCGAUAUGGCAAUGAAAUUGCUGGAGAAGGAUAUACACGAAAAACAGGAUACGAUUGUAUCACUGCGACGACAAUUAGACGAUAUUAAACAAAUUAAUUUGGAAAUGUAUCGCAAAUUACAGGUGGGUAAAAGCGAGGUGUGCGGAAACAGGUGAGGUGAGCUGAUAAAAAAUGGCCGCUUCGUUGCAAAAAUAAAACGAUAAAAAAAACUAUUAAUUAUAAAAAAUA